CGGCUGCCGCGCGUGGGUCGAAGCGGCCAAUGGGCGGCUCGGGGCCGGUUUAAAACCCGGCGCCGUUGGCCCUUAGGGUGCUUUGAGGUGGUUGAGAACGGUUUGGACUUCGUGGCUCUGGUUUUCCCUGUGCUGUCGUUUUCUGGGGGUAGCCUCAUCACUCUGAAGAUGGCAACUCUGAUCUAUGUUGAUCAGGAGAACAGUGACCGUCAUGCUCCCAAGAGUCAGCUGAAGCUCCCUUCAGGAACUUCAAAAGUCUUAGCUGAAAGAAAAGUUAACACUCCACUUCCUAAAAAAGCAAUCAGUGCUUCUCCAGUCACAUCUUGCUCUGUCAGAAAGGCUCUUGGAAAUGUGAAUAAAACUGAAGGAGUCACGAGCAAGAUGGAUAAGCUAAAACAGAAAAGUCAGCCUUGCACUGUGAACAAAACUGGAUUAGAAAGCUGCCAUACAGUGCCUGAAGAAGAUUGGCCAGAAAUAGAAAAUAUGUUUCCUUUGGAUCCUCAAGAUUUUGAGAGUUUUGAUCUUCCUGAAGAGUACAAACUAAGCAACAUCAACCUGUGUGGUGUUCCCCUCAUGGUAUUUGAGAGGACAUAUGACAGAUGUGUGAGCUUGGCUUCUUCACCAGUGAAGAUGGAAGAGAUUUCAUGGGAAUCCAAUUUGCUACAAUCAACUGCUGACUUCCUUGCUACCCUGGAUGAGAUCAUUGACAUGCCACCUCCAAUAUAUGAUGAUUAAUGUGUGCUCUGAAGUUUCUUUUGAGGUCAAAUUUAAUAUAAUUCUGUAUUUUAAUAAAGGCUAGUUUAACCUAUAUACUAUUAUACUUAUCCUUUUUCAGUGAGC